GACGGGAGUGUGGUCCACACUGACUAGAUCAGACUGGCGCCGAGAGAACCACGCUCCCCUUUUUUUAUAUAUAUUUAUUUAUCCUGGCAGCCGCUCGGAGCCUGACCUCGGGGGGGCUCCGCCAGCCGCUGACGACCGUGCCAAUAACAGACUCAUUACUCUAAGUAGCCACUUGCACCUCAGCAGCGAUGUCGGGUGUUGUGCGAGGCCCCGCUGGGAACAACGACUGUCGGAUCUAUGUGGGGAACCUCCCGCCCGACAUCCGCACCAAGGACGUGGAGGACGUGUUCUACAAGUACGGGACGAUCCGAGACAUCGACCUGAAGAACCGGAGAGGGGGGCCGCCGUUCGCCUUCAUUGAAUUCGAGGACCCGAGGGACGCCGACGACGCGGUGUAUGGACGCGACGGUUACGACUACGACGGCUACAGACUGCGGGUGGAGUUCCCUCGGAGCGGCAGGGGCUCCAGAGGCGGCUUCGGAGGGAUCGGCGGAGCCCCCAGGGGCCGAUACGGGCCCCCGUCCAGACGCUCCGAGUACAGGGUCAUCGUGUCAGGGCUUCCUCAGAGCGGCAGCUGGCAGGACCUGAAGGACCACAUGCGCGAGGCAGGCGACGUGUGCUACGCGGAUGUUUUCAGAGAUGGGACGGGGGUUGUAGAAUUUGUCCGCAAAGAGGACAUGACCUAUGCUGUUCGAAAGCUGGACAACACCAAAUUCCGUUCUCAUGAGGGAGAGACUGCUUACAUUCGUGUGAAAUUAGACGGUCCCCGCAGCCCAAGUUACGGAAGAUCACGCUCCCGCAGCCGUGGCAGCCGGAGCAGAAGCCGCAGUCACAGCGUCAGCCGCAGUCGAAGCAAUUCCCGCGGCCGCGGCAGAGGAUCGCCCCGCUACUCGCCUCGUCACAGCCGCUCUCGCUCCCGUUCCUAAACCUUUCUACCACAGAUGUUUUCCCCUUUUGAUGUAUGCCCUCUCUGUUUUACAUCCCCAUGAGUUUCUCCAGAUGUCAACCAUUGACUUUACAUUUUUUCCAUUUCAUGUCCCGAUGUCCUUGUGGAUGAUCUUGGUAUGUAGAUGUAUCUCCUCCCCUUUCUUCGGCCUCUCCAGAUGCUUCCUCUUGUUUUCGCCCUCUCUCCUUUUUGUCCUCUCAGUUUUUGCAACAUAAGAAAUUGUGCUGUGUUGAACUUCAAAAAUGUUGAGUUAUAAUAAUGAACUCAGGGUUUUUGCAAGUAUUGAAAAUUGAGUUUUAAUUCCUUUUUGUUUUUUUUAAAUCAUAUCAUUGGAAAUGUGGGUUUGGGCUUGUUUGGAUGAAGAGCCAGAUGCUUAACUGUAUUUUACCCUUGUGUCUUCCUUUAGACAUCUGAAGAGAAGGAUUAAAGUGAUUUGGAAUAAAACCAUUGUGGAGCACAUUUCAUUUGUAUGGUCAGGAUAGGACAUUGAGGAGCAAUCAGGUCGAGGCAAUGGUACGCUUCAUAUUCCAUAAAUUGAACGUUUUGAUUGGUUGCCAUAUCAUGCAUGUCAUAUUUAACAAAGCCAUAUGUGCUGUACUUUGUUAUACAUAUAUAUGGAAUUUUUAACAUGCUACUCUGAGCUGUGACAGAUAGCAGUUGUAGAUCAAGUGUUGUGAUGUAAGUGUAAAAUCUUUGCUUUCAAAUGUAAAAAUCUGAUUCACUACUUUGUCGCCAAAGCGCCCCACUUCUGACUUAAAUGUCCUCAAAUGUUUUUUACUUCAGGCAGUGAUAGUUUUUGUGGCAUUUUUUUCUUGAUCUGACAUGAGUGCUCAACAUGGAAAAAAAAUAGGCCCAAAAAUUUUGACAUUUUAUUCUAACGGUCUGCCUCUGAUUUUCUUCCUGGUAUUUCAAGGUUUUGAUUGGAGGAGUGGCUCAGUGGAUCCCAAUCCUUGGAGCUGGAUGAGUGGAUCGAUUAGGGAAGGGAUAGGCAAGGAUGGAUGCUCGGAACGGGAUCAGUUUUCCAGGAUUCAAAUGAGUUGAAUUCAGAACUAAGUAACGUGGAGUCCCAGAGCAACUUUUUUUCUAUUAGGCCCUCCCCCAGUCUAUCUUUAAAGUUUUUCAGUGAUAAUGGCUUUAUUUUACAAGAAAACGAAACUGAGGACCAGGAAGUUGGAUCAAAGGAUGGAAUCGUAGAUGCCUGGUAUGAAGGAAUUGAUUACAAAUUGGGGCGGUUGGGAAGGGGUUUCAUUUGGGAGUAGUUUGUAUGUUUUAAUUUGCUUAAUCUUUUAUUUUUCCUUAUAGCGUUUUCAAUAAAACAUUUCAAAACAA